AUGCCACAAAAGUCAAAACGAAAGCUGCAUAGUGAGAAGGCGAUAUCCGCACGAUGGGAAGACAUGAAUCUUAACGAUGAUCCUGAAUCAAUGGAUGAAGACGAAGACAGUUGGGAUUUCAGGAAACUGCACAAUGGGGAAAAAGAAGAUUUCAAAAUAGAAUGGGAGCUUGCGGAAAUUGGUGAUUUAUUCGAACUAUGUAAGAGCUCCUGUGGUUCUCGAAAAUUAUCUGUUCUUCUGUACAUGAUUCUGCGUCAAGUAGGUCUCUCGUGGCGAGACAGUGAUGCGGUUCUGAGUAAUAUUGGUGCUUAUCGAGCUAAAGCUGCUCAUCAUUGGGCAAAAGCUUUCUUAUUAGAUGAAACUGAAUCAUUUUACGAUGAUGGUCGAGGAGGUAGGCAUAGCGAAUCCUUCUAUGAUGUGUUUCCAGAACUUGAAACAGAAGCGAAAGCUUUCGCAAUCGAAUCGUGUUCUCGUAAGUCAGCCGACUUCACUGUUCUUGAUUUGGCUAAUUUCAUUGAUACAAAGUUCUACGAGCUAACACAGAUAGCGAAAUCUAGUGACGUCUUGAUUCGUUCUGUCGAAGCCUGCCGACUUGACCUUCGGCGCUGGGGAGCCAAGUUUCAGCCAAAUUCUCAAAGGCCCUACUUCGAAGGUCACGAAAGACUGGACGUUAUAGCACAUCGUCAAGAAUUCGUUGCGCAUUUUCUGCAAAGGAAAGAUCGAUAUUAUACAGUAACAGAUGGUGAUCAACCUGUAUGGCAAAUACCAAGCCAGAAGCCUUGUGUGCUCCUUUUCCAUGAUGAGUCGACGUUCAAGUGCGGUGAAAUAUCAGCCAAGAGAUGGAUGGUCGAUGGACAAACGCCCUUUUUCUCGAAAGGUCAAGGCAGGUCUCAUAUGCUGUCCGAUUUCCUGGUGCAGCACCCCUCUGGGCCCUUCUUUUCUCUCUCAGAUGCGGAGUUCAAGCGUGCAUGCAAGAAAUAUCCUUCACUCCUUUCGUCAGACGAUCUGAAUUAUGUGGGAAACUCAGCUACUGCUGGGAUCAACGUUGGACAAGAGGGCUAUUUUGACAACGACACCAUCUUGGCUCAAUUCGAACGAUUGUUUAUGCUACUGUCUUUUAAGGAGAGUUUCAAAGAUCACGAAAUUGAGGUAGUGGUAGACAAUGCGAGAACGCAUUCUGCUCGAGAGUACAGUAUCAAUGAUUUUAGUAAAGGUAUAGAUACAAAGUGUCCAGUUGAUUUCAUUGAAUAUCAGGAUAUUCAGGGUAAAACUGUAUCGGUAUCAUGUUAUUUUACCAAGGGUGAACAUCGUGGCAAAUCAAAGGGACUGGUUGAAUUGGCCAAAGACCUCCAUAUAUCGAUUGGAUCGAGAAUGAAGCUUCCUGAAAUUCGAGGAUUAUUUUCGACACAUCCUGCUUUUCAAAAUGUAUCUCGGCUCGAAAAUUUAGCUAGAAAAUAUCAAGUUAAAGUAAUAUUUGUUCCUAAAUUUCAUUGUGAAUUGAAUGCGAUUGAGGGUCUAUGGUGCCAUAUGAAACAGUACAUAAGAAAAACGUCUGAUCAAAGUUUUCCCACCAUGCUACGUCUUCUUCCCGAGUCUCGUGAUAAUUUUGAACAGCGUCAGAUACAUAUGAAACUCUUUCGACGUUUCUGGCGUUCCCUGGAUGCUUAUAAUCAAGGCAAAUCAUAUGGCGAGAUUCUCAGUCUCUUCUUCAGUCAAUCAUGUAAAUCUAGUAUUCUCUCUCAUCGAAAAAUAACGAACAGCAAACUUCAGUAA